AUGGAGAAGAUCAUUAAGAAGGCCUUGGUACAGUUCCUCGAGCAGCACCAUCUCCUUUCUGAUGCCCAACACGGCUUUCGAAGUGGUAGGUCCUGCCUCACGAAUAUGCUCUUUGCUCUCGAACGCUGGACCAAAGCACGUGAUGAAGGCAAGGUGGUGCACGCCAUCUACAUCGACUUCAAAAAGGCUUUCGACAGCGUUCCUCAUCAACGUCUCCUGUACAAACUGCGCAACGCUGGAAUUCGUGGACGCCUUCUUGUAUGGAUCCAGAGCUUUCUGGCUGGACGGUCCCAGAGAGUGCAGGUCGGGCGUCAACAGUCCUCAGAUGUAAGCGUGGUGAGUGGCGUCCCACAGGGCUCAGUCUUAGGUCCCACGUUAUUCCUCGUUUUCGUAAAUGACUGCGUCAAGGACCUAGACUGUGAUGCCAUCCUGUUUGCCGACGACAUAAAAUUGUGGAAAGUUAUUCACGAUGCGGCAGACGCAGACCACCUGCAAGCAAACUUGAACAGGCUCGAAGACUGGUCGAAGCGCUGGCUUAUGCCCUUCAAUAUAAGCAAGUGUAACUUUCUUCAACUCGGCGGCUUCAGAGCCCCCAGCCCCAGGACCUACUUUCUAAACGGCACACCACUGCAACAGGUUGACAGUCAGAAGGGCCUGGGUGUAUGGAUUACAUCUUCACUCAAACCAACAUUGCACUGCGCGAAGGCGGCUAAAUCGGCUACGGCCACAUUGCAACUCAUUAGGCGAGCAUUUAUGGGAUUUGACCCUGACUGCUUUUCCAAAAUAUUUGGCACCUUCGUGCGACCUCAUCUAGAAUACGCCAUACAGGCGUGGAGACCCUGGACUGCCAAGGAUUAUACCGUCUUGGAGAAGGCCCAGAGACGGGCGACCAAAAUGACACAAGGUCUGGGAGCACUGCCCUAUGAAACCAGACUGUCAAUCCUAAACCUGUUUCCCCUUUCCUACAGGCAAUUACGUGGUGACCGUAUACUAACAUUUCGCAUCAUUAACGGCCUAGACUGUUGUUUAUAUCCCACUGAAUAUUUCACCCAAGCUAACACGCCCACUUUGCGCGGUCAUUCCCUAAAACUACGCGCAGGGAAAUCAAGAACCAAUGGACGAAAGUCCUUUUUCAGUAACAGAGUGGUUGCAGCCUGGAAUGCCCUACCUACAGAUGUUGUAACCUCCUCCUGUGUGAACUCCUUCAAGUGUAAACUUGACCUGCAUCAAGCUUCCCAAUUACCACCCCCACAUCCACUCACAUAA